AUGAGUUAUCUGUAUUAUGUGAUGUUGACAUCAUCCUUCUUAUGUUCUCUCCAACUCGAAAAUCUACAUUAUUCACUAGAAAACGAAGGCAUAAUGAGUUCUCUACAAGUUCCAGUUGUUUUCCCUUCUGUACAAAGGAAACAAGGAGGGUUUCACGCAGUUCCUACAAUUAAUGGGUGUUUGACUAAUGCUAAAGGUGUUAAAAGUGGGAUGUGGGCAUUCAGAGGCUUCAAUACCCAUUAGGAAUCUCAAUUGUUAAGCAAACAAAAGAAUUACAUA